ACACUAUUCUUCCGCAAUCCAGAAUACGCUAUUCUUCAUACAUAAUUCCUCUCUUCCGGCGACUCGUACAUAACGUUCACACUGUUCACACACUGCGUCCUGUAGCAUACUCUAAGCUCUUCAGUCUCUCUCCCUAUAAUAUCAAUUGAAAGUUGAAACCCCACUUUUAUAAACCUAAUUCUCUUGGAAAUAAUUUUUUUAGAGCAACCAUUAACAAUAGAACAGGGAAAAAAGAAAAAGAAAAAGAAAUACACACACAUUCACAGAACAUUUUGAUGAUACUUGAAAUGUGUGGAACGUGUUGAUUAUAUAUUGGGUGUUGGGUGUUUUCCCAGGCACCUCAAGUUUGUUUAUGUUUCAAUGGCGGAUUGCAAUUUCAAGGAGGAGUUAGAAAAAGCGCGCCAACUUGUUGUUAGACUAUAUAAGGAGGUUGAUUACAAGGAUCAAGAGUUGUAUCAAAAGGAGUGUAAGAUUGAGGAGAAAGAUAGACUGCUUGAAUCAUAUGCUCAAGAAAUUGUAGAAAGUGAAAGCUUAAAAUCAGAACGUGAGAAGUUGAAGCAUGAGUUGGAGCUUCAAAAGGAAGAAUUCAAGCAGCACGUCAAAGAACUUGAGCAUGCGCACCAUAGUGACCUGGAGAAGAAAAAUGAAGAGCUAUUGUGGACGGAGCAUACGGUGGAGGAGAAAAAUAUUCUAAUCAAAGCAUGCCUUGAAGCUAUGGAAGAAGGUGACAUCCUAAUCAAAGAUUGCAUUGAAGCAAUGGUAGAAGGUGAAAGCUUAAAAUCAAAACAUGAGAAGUUGAAGCAUGACUUUGAGCUUCAAAAGGAAGAAUUCGAUCACCAAGUCAAAACACUUGAGCAUGAGCACCAUACUGACCUGGAGAACAAAAAUGAAGAGCUAUUGCAGAUAGAGUAUGAGGUGGAGGAGAAAGAUAUGCCAAUCAAAGCAUACAUUGAAGGAUUGGGUGAAAUACAAUGCCCCAAACUAGGAUAUACAAAGCUGAAGCAAUUCUUUCAAUCUCAAGAGAUAGGAUUUGAGAAUCAAACCAAAAUAUUGGGAGAGCACGAGCACCAUAAUGACCCGGUGAAGCUGAUGCAGUUGGAAGGAAAGUUGAAAGAUCAAAACCCUGCAGAAUGUGAUGAUAAUUCUGGUAUCCAGAUCAAUGCUUUGAGAAUAGAACUAGAGGAAAAAGCAGAUGAUAUGAGAGAUUUGGAAAGCCUUAAUAAAACUCUGAUAGUUAGAGAGCACACGAGCAACAUUGAGCUUCAAGAAGUCCGCAAAGAACUGAUAAAUAAUUUGGAUGGUCGGCAAAGCAAACGCACAGUACUUGGAAUUAAAAGAAUGGGGGAACUUGAUCCGCAGCCGUUUCGAGAUGCAUGCCUGGCGAAGUUCCCCGGUGGAUGCUGGGAGGAGGAAUCUGCUAAACUAUGUUCCCAGUGGCAAGAGAAUUUGAAAGAUUCAAACUGGUAUCCAUUCAAAUUUGAUCAGAAACUGCAGGUGCAGGAAACUAUAGACGAAGAUGAUGAUAAAUUGAAAGAGUUGAGAAAGGAAUGGGGCGAGGAAGCAUACAAGGCUGUAGCCAACGCAUUACUGGAGUUGAAUGAAUACAAUCCAAGUGGAAGGUAUCCAGUUCCUGAAAUUUGGAACUUUAAGGAGGGACGAAAAGCUAGGUUGAAGGAGGCAAUUCAGCGCAUCAUCAAACAACAGAAGACUUGUAAACGUGCAAGAGUAUGCUAAAAACUAUAAAAAAAAUAGGAUCUCACAGAGAAAAGAAAGAAAGAUAAAGAACUCGAUGAAUUGUUAUUUUAUGCCGAACCUAGUUAACUAUGUUUAUAUUUCUACAAGGAGACCUUAUCAGUAUGCCAGGCAGAUUUGUAAAGUGGUUUUUGACUUGGUUAACAUUCUAAUACAUAUGAUUUGAAGUUUAUGAAACACGGAUAAUUUAUGCUACCUCUAGAUUCUGGGUUUGUCAAUCUAUACUGAGCGAUAAUUGUAAAGAGUCACAAUGCCGAAACUGUGAAAUGACCGUUAAAGUUGCAUUUUGAUUCUUGAAGUUUAGGCUCUCGUCCUUGUGACUGCUGGAUUGGCUUGUUUUCUUAAGUUGGUAUGGCAUGAAAGAAAGAAUGUUGACUUGUUCGGAAAUUGGUAUUUGGGGAAUACGAUAUCUCGAAUAAUUCAUUUUAUGAAUUAAGCAAGAAAAUGCUUCAAGAAAUACAUAGAUGAGGAGCACUCUUGAAUUUGCGCGUGAGCAAGCACCUAGAUUUGGAAGAAUGACUUGUCUUGAAAGAUUAUCCAGGUUGAAGAAAUACAUUGAUGAAUGCAUUCUAAUUCUAUCAUUCUGAUUUUCAUUAUUAAGCGCUAGAUAAACAGCAUAUGCAUAACUUAACGUCUUUGCUUUGGGUUAUAUACUGAUAAUUAUAGCCUAAUUGAAUUUUCAAACUGGAACUAUACUUGGAUAUGUGAGGCCUUCAUAUCAUGUUCUAGACUUUUAGUUAUUGAGGUUGAAGGCAAUGAAAUUAGGGAUGGCAAAACUCUCCAAUCUGGUGGGGAACCACCCUGCUCCACCCUUUUUGGGACGGUUUUGGGGAACCGUUUAUGUAAAUAGGGACUGGUUUUAAAAACCCGAUCAAUUUCGGAGUGGGGUCAGGAGAGGGUUAUCCUGUCCCACCCCGCCCCAAUUAUAUUACAAUUUUACUAAAUUGCCUUUACAUGUUAUUAUAUAUUACUAAAAUAGGUUAAGUGUGUGUGCCUGCGUGUUCACUUUUCCUUAGAGCUAAAAAUAAGAAAAAUGAGACUUAUUCAAUCGGUUUCAAUCGGUUACCCCACGUCCUCUCGGGGGUUUGAAAUUUUAAAUGGUUAUUGGGGGGCUAAAUUGUCACAUUGUCAUCAUACCAAAUGAAAUUGAGCUUGUGAGAAAUUAUUGCAUGAUCUCGAAAUUAUUGAUUGCGAGCUAAUCACACAAUAACAUGCAAAUAAAUGCGUCAAUUUUGUGUUCAUUUUAUUAUUUUAUUAGUGACUUAAAAUUUGCUCUUUAUAUCUCUAUUUUAGUGUUUUACUUUCUUUUUCACUCUCAUUGUUUGAUUGUUUUCAUGCUUCUAUUUUUGUUGUCGUAUUGAGUUGAUCUUAUGGUUAUUAUUAUUAUUAUUAUUAUUUCUCCCUGUUAUGUAAUUUACAUCUAUAAAUUAUAAAUAGAAAAAAAAAAAAAAAAAAGAGGAAAAAAAUGUUGUCUUUAGCUGCAGUGAUCCAUGUUUUGGAAUUGAUUUUCUUUUUUAUUUUUUUCUUAAAAUAACAAAAAAUAGUGAAGGAGAAAUCCAGGCAUUCAAUUGAAAAUUUUGACCAUGUUAAUUUAAAAAAUAAUAAAAAAUAAAAGAAGAAGAAAACUUUGAAUGGAAAUGGUCAGAAAUUUGAAUAGCCAAACAUCUUGGAAAUAAUUAGCGAGGGCCAGCACAUUGAACGUGAUAAAAUAUAUUUUUUGCCAACUAAUAUGACAACUAAUAUUCCAGCAAGACCAGUAAGCGAAACAUAGAAGUGCAAUAAUUGUGUAAUCAAAAUUCAAACAGUGUCAUUUGUAAAAAUAUAUAUAUAUAUUCAAAAACAAAAAAUACGGACAAUAAUAUUCAUAGAAUUUUAGUAAUAAAUUUAUACAAGAAGAAGAUAAGAAAAUGUUGCUCUAAUUCAAUUAUUCGCGACCAAUUUAUCAUUUUAUUCACGGAAACAUUUUGAUUUAUUCAAUAUUAGUAAACAAUAGACUUUCCAAAAUUAUAUGUUGUGUACCCAAAAGUAGACCCGGCUGUCAAGGGAUUGGAUUGAUCAAAUCCAUAUUAGACUUAUUAAGUUAACGGAUUAUCAGAUUUCGAUCACUGAUGAAUUAUUGGAUUAAAUAUUCCAAUUCAUCUCCUAUUUAGCAUUUAUUUGGAUCGAAUCGAAUUCGGAUUAAAAUUUUAUUUACGGACAUAUAUAAUUGGGAGAAUUAUUAAUAGGAAAAUGAUAGAACAGCUGAAAAAUAUCCCGAAAAUAAUCACCAUGAGGUGGAUUGGCCAUGUCAGACUUUUAAGAAAAAAAAGAAAAAUAUAUAUAUAUAUAUAUAUAUAUAUAUAUAUAUAUAUAUGUAAAAUUAUUGAUAAAUAAUUAUAUAUAUAAUUUUAAUCGGAUUUGAUUGGAUUAUUAUCAUAUCAUAUUAGCAUAAUCUAUAUCCAAUUUGUUAAACUAACGAAUUAUCGAAUUUGGAUCGUAAUCGAGUUAUCAGAUUUUUUGUCCAAUUCAUAUCCGACUAAUCGGAUUGAAUUCGAAUUGAAUCCAGAGUAGGAUCUGCUCCAUUGACAAGUCUAACUUUACUACUCCUCACUAGUCUUCAAUUCAAAAUUAAUUAAAAGUGAGGUUUAAACUUAAAUAUCGUACUUGAUUUGCGAAUUAUUGCGUGACGGACCGUAUUGCUGGAUCAAUGUGAGAGUCAACAGAUAUUGCAUUACUAGGUGAGAGUCGAAAGUGAUUAGCAAGUUUGUGUUUGUUUGGUUUACUAUUAGCACGAGGGAUCGAUUAGUUAUAUAUAUAUAUAUAUAUAUAUAAAGAAAAUAAAAAAGAGAAAAUAAAAUCAAAAGUAUUUUCUCGUUUGGCAACCACAAUUACCAUGUGUUUUUGCUUUAAACCGAAAUAGAAGUAAUGUUUUCGUUCAAAGUAUGUUCAACACUAUUUCAAAACUUGUUUAGUAACGUAAAUUUGUUGCAAUAUUUUUUAAAGUAAAAACACGAGAAUAUGUUUAUUGCAGCAAAUAAUGCUAAACAUAUUUCGUGCUUUUAUUUUGCUACAGUACACUUAGUCGUUAAGUCUAAGUUUGUUUGGUUUACUAUAAAUAAAUAAAAAAUAAAAAUAAAAAUUAGUUAUAUAUAUAAAGAAAAUAAAAAGAGAGAAGAAAAAGUUGUACUCCGUAAACCCUAAUACAAAUAGAGAGGGGCUAUAAUUACGAAGGGAGAGGCUUGAGCAAGGGGGUUGUCUAUAUCUAGAGAGAGAGUUCAUUCCAUUUGGUGUGUAGAGAGAGAAGACGAAGAAGAAAUCAAGAUUCAGUGACUAAGAUCACAAAACCUGUCUUCUUUCUCUCUUCCCUUCCCUUCCCUUCCCUUCCCUUCCCGACUUCGAUUUGGGUAUUUUUCUUCCGCAACGACACUUAAAAAAUUAGACUCGUUAUUACAACAUUGAUAUUUGUUUUGGGUGUGCAUUUGCACUUGAUAAUUGUAGAGAGAGGUUUUACUUUCUCUCUCUACAUAAAACUGUGCAUACAGAGAAAGCCUGAUACACCUUAAGUUUGUUCCAGAUGGAGCCUAAGAAAUUAGCUGUGUUUGGUAACGGAUUUAAGGGAAAUCAGGCAGCGGCCAGACAACCGUAGAGAUGGUAUCCACAGAUGAAUUGUGUUUCUACUCCAGUUUAUCUACUGAUUCCAUCUCAUAUUAUAGAUUUGAUUUUUGAAUUGGGUUGACAUUUUAUUUUGUUUUAGUAGCAUAAUUUUGUUUUUAAAAUUUGGUUAUUAAUCAUUUUUUCUUGAGUUCAAGGUCAAUUAUUAUUAUUAUUAUUAUUAUUUAAAUCUUGAUCACCAAAAUCUAAUUUUCUCAAAAUUUUUUUUUUUUUUUUUCAAAAGCCUUUUUGUGUGUUAACUGUUAAGUAAUCAAGCUGAUCUGUAAAUUAUAUAUAUAUAUAUAUAUAAUUAAUUAAUUAUGUGUGAGUUGGAUUGGUUUGAUUGUAGUAUUAAAUCUAAAUUUAAAAGGGAACGAAAGAUAUCCUAGUGUCACAAACAAAGUGUUAACGUUUGUAAAAGUUGUCUAUUAAGGCUUGUUUUGUGUUUAUAAUAUAUGACCAAAAAAUAAAAAAAGAAAAAACCUCAAAUGUUACAAUAAUAAUGUAAAACUCAAAUGUUACAACAAUAAUGUAAAACUCAAAUUUGGUGCAUUAAACUCUACUCUAUAGAAACUUUCAUAACCUAAUAUUUAAAAAAAAAAAAACAAAACAAAA